AUGAACAGGUCGGCGCAUGACGUCAGCAACACCCCCGCCCACGGCACGGGGAAUCAGACGACCUUCCGCCGUUAUCCUUUUGUGGACGGCAUCAUGGAGACACCUCUUCCUUUUGGGUGGAAGCCUCUCCACCUCGACCGUUACGAUGACACAACAGAUCCGGACGAGCACAUCGAUCUAUACACCAUACAGGUAAACCUCUAUACUAAUGAGGACGCUAUACUGUGCAGGGUUUUUUCGACCUCACUCAAGGGGGCUGCACUCAAUUGGUACACCCAGCUCCCCGCUGAGUCAAUCGACAGUUUAAGCACUCUGGUCAGGCGAUUCACAACGCAGUAUGCAACGAGCCGACCUCAUCACAUCACGUCAGCCGCCCUGGCCAGCCUCAGACAGAACGACGACGAGCCACUCUGGGUGUUCAUGGAACGAUUUGCCGCCACCUUAGUAAAUAUUAGGAAUCUGAAUCCCGAGGUCGCCCUGCACGCCAUGCUCAUGGCACACAAGCCCGGACCAUUCGUCGACAGUCUAUGUCGUGAAGCUCCUUGCGAUAUGGACGAGCUACGUGCCCGUGCUGUUGGGUAUAUCCAAAUGGAAGAACCCUCCCCCUUCCGUGACCAAGUUCACGGAAAAUCACAAGCAAAGACUGAUAGUGGCCACAAGGACAAGAUGAGGGUCACCAACCACAGCCAGUUCAAGAAAACUGCUAGGACAAGCAAGGGGGAGAUACGACUAUUACACUCUCCUGAACACGCCAAGAGUUCACAUCCUGGAGGAGGCCAAUAA